GAUAUGCCGAUCCAGGAGCUGCUCAGCCGUUACGGCUAUGAUGGGACCAUCCCACUCCAAGAAGAUGAUGACGAUGAAGAUGAUGAAGAGGAAGAGGAGGAGGGAGAAGACGAUGACGAUGUUGAUAAUGAUGACAACAGUGGCUGUAGUGGGGAGAACAAAGAGGAGACCAUAAAAGAUUCGUCAGGUCAGGAAGAUGAGACACAGUCAUCUAAUGACGACCCAGCACCAUCUGGUGCUUCUCAAGAUCCACAGGAGAUAAUUCGCCCUCGCCGAUGUAAAUAUUUUGAUACAAAUAGUGAAAUAGAAGAGGAAUCUGAAGAAGAUGAAGAUUAUAUUCCCUCAGAAGACUGGAAAAAGGAAAUCAUGGUGGGCUCUAUGUUUCAAGCUGAAAUUCCAGCUGGCACAUGCAAAUACAGAGAGAAUGAAAAAGUGUAUGAAAACGAUGACCAGCUGCUGUGGAAUCCCGACCUCUUACCAGAGGAUAAAGUCAUCGAGUUCCUAAAUGAAGCGUCGAGGCGUAUGGGUGAUGAGAAAGGCUUAGAUGCAAUUCCUGAAGGAUCACAUAUUAAAGACAACGAGCAGGCUUUGUAUGAACUGGUUAAGUGCAAUUUUGAUACUGAAGAAUCAUUACGAAGGCUGAGAUUUAAUGUAAAAGCAGCCAGAGAAGAAUUAUCUGUUUGGACAGAGGAAGAGUGCAGGAACUUUGAACAAGGGCUGAAAGUCUAUGGCAAGGAUUUUCAUGUGAUUCAAGCAAAUAAGGUACGAACGAGAUCAGUUGGUGAGUGUGUAGCAUUUUAUUACAUGUGGAAGAAAUCGGAGCGUUACGAUUUCUUUGCGCAGCAGACCCGCUUUGGAAAAAAGAAAUACAACCUUCAUCCUGGCGUAACGGAUUACAUGGACCGGCUCUUGGAUGAAAGUGAAAGUGCUGCAUCCAGCAGAGCCCCAUCCCCUCCACCCACAGCCUCCAACAGCAGCACCAGCCAGUCCGAGCGGGACGACAGCACCACCAGCAGCAGCAACCAGAACGGGGUGUCUGCUAAUGGGCCAGGCGAGAUACCAAAUAAAGACGAAGCAAAAACGGAAGGGUUGCACGUAAAUGGACCUGCCAGCGGCAAGAAAACACCUCACGCGGAUCUGGAUACCAAUGGGUAUGAAACUGAAAACCUUUCCAUUGACCCCAAACUUGCUCACGCAGCUUCAAGAAAUGAGAAUGAUUUUGAAGAGAAAAAUGAGAGACCUCUGAAACGCAGACGAAUUAACAGCAAUGGAAAGGAGAGUCCGGGCUCUUCAGAGUUCUUCCAGGAAGCAAACUCACAUGGGAAGCUUGAAGAACUGGAAACAUUGGAUGACUGA